GGUCCUCCUUACACAACGCCAUGUGCACGGCCGAGCGGUGUUAGCGCCCUCCGCUCAGCUCUGCGCGAAAGAAAGUUUAUUUUCAGUGAAGCUAGAAGACAGGAAGCGACAUGGCGAAGCGCAGGCAGAACGCAGAGACCGAGGCCCAUACAAAGAAACCGAAGCAGGUCCCGAAGGCGAAGAGCAGCGCUGCACAGUCCAGGAAGAAAGAAGCAGGUGAUGAAAUCACGGAUACAGAGGAAAAACUUGAGCGGAAAGUAAAACCCAAACCACGUCGGUCCUCCAACAAGUCAGCGGGGAACACGGCCGCCUCCAAGUCCAGCGACAGGUCUGCAGGCAGAGCCAGCAAAUACUUCCAGUCACCAGUGAGCGAGGAGCGAGACAGCGAGGAGGACUUCGACAUGGUGACCUCGGCUCCGCCUCCCGCGGUUAAAGCAGAGGUCGAGAAGCAGGAGGAGGAGGAGGAGGAGGAAGAGGAGGACAGUGAGGAUGAUGAGGACGAUUGGGAGGAAGUGGAAGAGCUGGAGGAGCCGCUGGGUCCAGUUGAAGCUCCGGAGCCCGUCCUGCCCUCACAGCCCGUGGAGAUCGAGAUCGAAACCCCAGAAAUCCGAAAGAAGAAGAAGAGGCAGGCGGAGUUUGAGAACUAUUUAAAGCGCAUGAUGAAUCGAUUCAAGAAGGAUCUGCUGAUCGACACACACAAGGUCCACCUCAUGUGCCUGAUCGCCAGCGGGAUGUACCGCAACAGGCUGUGCUGUGAACCAGACCUGCUCGCCAUCACGCUCUCUCUGCUGCCCGCCCACUUUGGCGACGUCGCCAAGGCGCGCAUCGACCAGAACUACCUGUCUGGACUCCUUAAGUGGUUCAGAGCUACGUUCACCCUCAAUCCCAGCCUUCCCUGUGACGAGCGUCCGGACCCCCGGGCUCUCCUGGAGAGCCGGCUGGCCAGCGUCUCGGCCAGAAACCACCAGGAAAUGACUCAUCUUUUCCUGCUGGUCUUGAGGUCUCUGCAGCUCUUCUCUCGAUUAGUUCUUUCAUUGCAGCCGAUUCCCUUUAAAGCGCCAUCAGCCAAGGGCAAAGGGGGCAAAGCAUCCACCAGUGCCACGAAAAGCAGCCCCACAAGCCCAGACGCCUCCAAGACCAACUCUCCUGAGCCAACAGUCUCUCCAGGCACCAAAAGACCAGCGGCAGGCGGGAAGGUCAGCGGAGAGCGGGGAGGGAAGAAAGCGAAGAGGAAAGAAAAAAAGGGAGGCGAUGAAGAGGAGCCGGCCGCACCGUCAGGAGGGCAGAGACCAAAGAACACAAAACGCCGCAGUGUGGCUUCAAAGGUCAGCUACAAGGAGGAGAGCAACAGCGAGGGGGAAAACGAAGAGGAGGGGGGGCUGAGUGAUGAAGAGUUCGAGGCAGCCAGCGACGACGACAGCGACGAUUUUGAGAGCAGUUCGAAAGAUACAAAGGGGAAGAAAGGGAAAGGAAAGGGCAAGUCCAAGGUCAGCAGCGUAGCAUCAAAGAGAAGGAGCAGCGGAGGGAAAAAACAGCAAGAGGAAAAAGAGUGGGAGGAGGAGGAGGAAGAGGAAGAAACGACAGGAAAUGGAGAAGUGGGGAAGAGGAAGAGCGGGAACAAGAAGAAAGGUCCCGGAGCAGACGAGUGGCUGGAGGUGUAUCUGGAGAAGACGUCCUCCUGGGUGUGUGUGGACGUGGAGCACGGCGUCGGGGUGCCUCACCUCUGCUCCCGGAACGCAACGGCGCCGGUGACCUACGUGGUGUCGGUGGAUGACGACGGGUUCGUGAAGGACCUGGGGAAGAAGUACGACCCCACCUGGAUGACGUCGUCCAGGAAGAGACGGGUGGACGAGGAGUGGUGGGAGGAGACUCUGCAGCCGUUUCUGGGCCCCGAAGAUGAGAAAGACAAAAAGGAGGACAAGGAGCUCCAGCGGCGGCUUUUGAACAAACCCAUGCCGGUCUCAAUAGGCGAAUACAAGAACCACCCGCUGUACGCAUUAAAGAGACACCUGCUGAAGUACGAAGCCAUCUAUCCUCCGUCCGCCACCGUGCUGGGAUACUGCAGAGGAGAGCCGGUGUACUCCAGGGAUUGUGUGCACACGCUUCACUCCAGAGACACGUGGCUGAAAGAAGCUCGGACCGUCCGACUGGGAGAAGAACCUUACAAGAUGGUGAGAGGCUUCUCCAAUCGCUCCCGUAAGGCCCGCAUGAUGUCGGAGACGAAGGACGACAAGGACCUGCCUUUGUUCGGAGAGUGGCAGACCGAGGAGUACCAGCCACCGAUCGCUGUGGACGGGAAGGUCCCUCGCAACGACUACGGCAACGUCUACCUGUUCAAGCCCUGCAUGUUACCGGUGGGCUGCGUUCACGUCAGGCUGCCCAACCUGCACCGCGUGGCCCGGAAGCUGGACGUUGACGCCGCGCCCGCGGUCACAGGCUUCGACUUUCACGGAGGAUACUCACACGCUGUGACUGAUGGCUACAUUGUGUGUGAGGAGCAUGAGGAGAUUCUCCGAGCGGCCUGGGUGGAAGAGCAGGAGCUUCAGAAACAGAAGGAGAAGGAGAAAAAAGAAAAGAGAGCAGUCGCCAACUGGACUCUGCUGGUGAAGGGACUCCUGAUCAGAGAGCGGCUGAAACAGCGCUACAGCCAGAAGAACCAGGCACUGCGGGGUCUCGCCCACGGAGACGACGCUGCCGGAUUUUCAUCUGACGAGGAGAAGAUGGAGGGUGGGGGUCCUGACGCCAAGACGGCUUCCGAGACUCUGGCCAUGUCCUGGCCCCAGAACAGGCAGGCGGAGGAGGACGGAGGGAACUCCAGCGGACUGAAGAGGAAGAGGGCCACAAAGCGGGAGAAGAAGGGUCAGGAGCAGCAUUUAUUCCCCUUCGAGAAGGUGUGA